CAGGGUGCGAGUCACUCUGACUGGAGGUCUGAUUUGCUCGAUGAUCGAAGCAGACUCGGGUCGUAACAGCUGAGCAGCUACACAAGAAGGUGGACCAGUCUUUCCCAAGAUGGAGAAAUGAAGGGAAAGCCGUGAUGCUAGGACAAGCUAUGGUCAAACCCCGGAGACAAGCUUUAUGGGGGGCUGGUUACCCGUUUCACCCUCAGUCGUCCUCCUGCCUUUCUUUGACAGAGGAAGUUUUUUUAGAAGCUGCAGAAUAUGGUAACACCCCUGAAGUGAGGCAGAUGCUGGAGGAGCUGCCAGAUCUCAAUGUUAAUUGUAUCAACUACAUGGGACAGAAUGCACUGCAGCUGGCUGUUGCCAAUGAGCAUUUAGAAGUUACCAGACUUCUUCUAAAGAAGAAAGACCUCGCCAGAAUAGGAGAUGCUUUGCUGUUAGCCAUCAGUAAAGGUUACAUUCGCAUUGUAGAGGCCAUACUGAGCCACGAGGCCUUUGCAGACGGCCAAAGGCUGACUAACAGCCCCAGCCAGGCAGAGACGCAUGACGACUUUUUCUCCUACGAUGAGGACGGGACACGGUUCUCUCACGACGUCACUCCCAUCAUCCUGGCUUCCCAGUGCCAACAGUUUGAAAUAGUGCAUAUACUUCUUAUUAAGGGAGCCCGGAUAGAACGCCCCCACGACUACUUCUGUCAAUGCCAGACUUGUAGCGAGCAGCGGAGGCACGACUCUUUCAGCCAUUCACAGUCCCGCAUCAAUGCAUACAAAGGUCUGGCCAGCCCAGCAUACCUGUGCCUCUCCACUGAGGAUCCUGUGAUGGCAGCGCUGGAACUGAGCAAUGAGCUCGCACUUCUGGCCAACACUGAGAAGGAGUUCAAGAAUGAUUACAAGAAACUGUCCAUGCAGUGUAAAGACUUUGUGGUGGGGCUCCUGGAUUUGUGUCGAAACACAGAGGAAGUGGAGGCCAUUUUAAACGGGGACAAAGAGUCGUAUCGUAGCUCGGACACCACGAACAGACAAAACCUUAUUAGGUUAAAACUUGCAAUCAAAUAUGAGGUUAAAAAGUUUGUGGCACAUCCAAACUGCCAGCAGCAACUCCUCUCCAUCUGGUAUGAAAACCUGUCUAGACUACAUCAACAAACAACAGCCGUUAAAAUUCUCCUUGUUCUUGGUGUAGCUGCUGGGUUGCCUAUACUGGCCUUGAUUUACUGGAUAGCACCAUCAAGUAAGUUAGGGAAACUCAUGUGUGGACCUUUCCUGAAGUUUGUGGCCCAUGCAGCUUCCUUCAUGAUCUUUCUGUGUCUGCUGGUCCUGAAUGCAGCGGACCGCUUUGAGGGAACAUCACUGCUGCCUAACAUGACCACCCGUGAUUACCCCUCACAGCUUUUUCGUAUGAAGACCACGCCCUUCACCUGGAUGGAGAUUCUCAUCAUAUCAUGGGUCAUAGGGAAGAUCUGGGAAGAAUGCAAAGACAUUUGGACCCAGGACAUCCGGGAGUACAUAUCAGAACCCUGGAACCUUCUUGACUUUAGUAUCUUGGCCAUUUUUAUGACCUCUUUCAUUGCCAGAUUAAUGGCUUUCUGGCAUGCAUAUUCAGCCCAGUGUUAUAUUGACAAGCAUUAUACUAGCUUGUCCAACAUGACGUUACCCUUCGAGAUACAGUAUUUCCAGCUUGCUCGAAUCCACUGGUUGCCCUCAGACCCGCAGCUUAUUUCCGAAGGCCUCUAUGCGGUUGCGGUUGUGCUGAGUUUUUCUCGCAUCGCAUACAUCCUGCCUGCCAACGAGAGCUUCGGGCCUUUGCAGAUCUCUCUGGGAAGAACAGUAAAAGACAUCUUUAAAUUCAUGGUGGUUUUCAUAACAGUGUUUGUGGCUUUCAUGGUAGGAAUGUUCAAUCUGUACUCGUACUACCUUGGAGCCAAGUACAACGAUGCCUUUACGACGCUUGAAGAGAGUUUUAAAACAUUAUUUUGGGCCAUAUUUGGAUUGUCAGAAGUCAAAUCAGUGGUGAUUGACAUCAACCAUAAGUUCAUUGAGAACACAGGGUAUGUUCUGUACGGGGUGUACAACAUCAUUAUGGUGGUGGUGCUGCUGAAUAUGCUCAUUGCCAUGUUUAACAGCUCCUUCCAAGAAAUUGAGGAUGAUGCUGAUGUCGAGUGGAAAUUUGCCAGAGCUAAACUCUGGUUCUCUUAUUUUGAGCAUGGUGGUACGCUGCCUGUGCCCUUCAACCUUGUGCCCAGCCCCAAGUCAGUAGCUUCCCUUUUGCUGGAUAUAAGGAAUUUGAUCUGGAACGUACCUCCAGGCAGAUUCAAAGAAAAUCCCCACGAUGAGAUGGAGCUUAACAACUUAAGACGGCAGGAAGAUCUGACUGGGGAGGCGUCUCUUUGUCCAACCCGUCAUCAAAAAAUAAUGAACUGCCUCAUCAAAAGAUACAUCUUAAACGCACAGAGGGAUAAAGAUAAUGACGAAGUGAAUGAAGGUGAACUGAAAGAGAUCAAACAGGACAUCUCCAGUCUUCGCUACGAGCUCCUGGAAAGGGAGAAGCGUGAUAUGAAAACACUGGCAGAGCUCGUGAGGAAGCUGGAAGAAGCACUGCAUGUGAGGAGGAAAGAAGAGCAGGAGCUGGAUAUGCUUUCUUAAAAACCAGAAUGAUUAGAAAUGUACUUACUGGACACACUCCAUCCUUAUCCUUAAUGAGGGAUUCGGUCAAGGUCAAAUGUUUCUUUGCCACAGACCUAACAUGCAUCUUUUAGACAAAAUUUACUUGAUAAAACUAGAUAUUUUGUAUUCAUUAUAUAUAUAUAAAAAAUUCCCGGUCUUCUCCAGAGUAUAAACUUCUGCUUGUUGCCAGAGAACUCAUCAAUUUGUUUUGUUCCUGUGCCCGGAUCUCGAACAGUUCCCUUACUACCACGAUAAAGGAACUAUAACCUCACAUUUCUUGUUGCUCAGACUGUGUUACAUAAAUAUGUACUACCGAGCUGACUGCUGCCAUCUGUUUGGUUUGUUUUUGGAGGUGAUUCAU